AUGAAGGCAGCUGCCCUUCGGUAUCGUGCCCUCGAUACCCUGGCCAGGGACAGCGUCGAGCUCUUCCGCGAGUCCUUCUUCAAGGCCCAGCGGCCGGUCGUCCUACCUCGAGGCCUCUUCCGAGACUACCGUGCAGCCUCCCGGUGGUUUGCUUCUCCUUCUUCGACACCCGGGCUUAUCCUCAACCACGCCUACCUCGAGCAACACGGCGACUGCUACGUGCCAUUGGAACUGACUAUACCCGGCGAGCGGGAUGGAAACAUCUUUGAGCGGGCUCACCGGCCGUUGAGCCUGUUUCUUCAGUGGGCGCGGUCGGUACAGUCGAUGCCGGCCGCGGAGCAGCCAGGUGUGCCGCGACUGUAUCUCGCUCAAUGCCAGCUGCUGGAUCUGCCCAGCUCGCUUCGAGAGGAUUUCCCAACUCCUUCGUAUGUCAUGCAGGCCGGCAAGGGCGACAUCUACGAUACAAACAUAUGGGUUGGGAUGGCACCGACAUAUACUCCGCUGCACCGUGACCCGAACCCAAACCUUUUCGUGCAGUUAGCCGGUUCGAAACAUGUCAGGUUGCUUGCUCCAGAUAUUGGACGUGGAGUGUUUGCGGAGGUCAGGCAAGCACUCGAUUCGGCUCGGGCAGGCCAUGGGCAUAACAAUUCUGCCAUCAGAGGCGACGAAAUGAUGAAAGGUGCGGAGCGUCAACUCUUGGACCGCGCCGUCUGGGGAGUGGACGAUGAUAAACACAGGUCAGAUACAACUCACGACAACACUGGAUAUGAUGCCAUUCUCCAUCCAGGGGAUGCUCUUUUCAUUCCGACCGGAUGGUGGCACAGUAUCAAGGGUAUUGGUCAGGGAAUAACAGCUUCCGUCAACUGGUGGUUCCGAUGA